GCGCCGCCACCCCGCCCCCGACCGAUUCUCCCCCUGCCCUAGCGCCGCCGCCCCCCGGUGCGCCGCCACCCCGCCGCCUGAGCGCCACCACCGCGGCCGUGGCUCUGACGGGCGCGCUGGUCUGGGCCGGCACGUCGCUGCUGCUGCAGCUCGUGCUCAUCUCCGCCUCCAUCUUCGCCGCUGCCGUCAAGUACUCCUUUGUCGCCGCGCUCCUGCUCUUCGUACUCAUCGCGCUCCUGUUUGUCAGUUUGUGAGAUGGAUGGUUAUAAUGCCAGCUUGGAGGAGAUGGAAGAAUAUCACAUGAUGGUGAGUCAGAUGUUUGGAAGCGUUGAAGAAGGUUACGAGCAGUACAACAGCUAUGCAAAAUCUAAAGGGUUUAGUGUGAGAUUGGACGAUAAGGAGUACAUUAGUGGCACCACGGAAUUGAAAAGAAAACGUUUCUGCUGCUGUAAGGAAGGGUACCAUUUGGAGAAGUACUUUGUAGAAAAAGAUCAAAUAAGGGAGCCACGGGCGCUCACCCGUUGUGGAUGUAAAGCUAUGCUUGAGAUCCAGCGACAACCUGGAACGGGUCUUUGGUUUGUCAAGAAUUUUGUUGAUGUCCACAGCCAUCCACUUGACCCCAAGCAGUCUCCUUUUCUACGGUCACAUCGCCGUUUAAACAAUGCUUAGAAAGCUGAUGCCAUAGAAUAUGGUCUUGGUGGCCUUCGUACGUGCCAAAUCAUGGAAGUUAUGGAGAAGCACCAUGGUGGGUAUGAUCAGGUUGGGUUUGUUUCCCAGGACCUCUAUAAUUUCUUCGCCAAGUACAAGAAGAAAAGAAUCUUAGGAAGGGAUGCUGAAUUUGUCUUGAACCACAUGAGAGCCCAAGUUGAACGAGAUGCUGAAUUUUUCUUCAAAUACAGUACGGAUGAUGAAGGACAUCUUUGAAAUAUAUUCUGGGCAGAUUCACAAUCUCAGAUUGAUUAUGAAGCAUUCGGUGACCUAGUUGUGUUUGACAGCACAUAUCGGGUCAAUCGGUAUAAUCUCCCAUUUGUUCCAUUUAUUGGGGUGGACCAUCAUCGCAGUACAAUUGUUUUUGGUGUUGGUAUUGUUUCAGACGAGACUGUCUCGUCGUACAAGUGGCUACUGCAGUCAUUUCUUGAGGCGAUGAGCCAUAAGAACCCGAGAUCUGUGAUCACUGAUGGAGACGCCGCCAUGAGGAAAGCCAUUAAGAAUGUUAUGUCGAGGACAGACCAUCGACUAUGCAGUUGGCACAUUGAGCAGAACAUGAUACGCCACCUGCGUAAUCCAAUGCUUCGGGACUUCAGAAAACUCAUAUAUCGUAAGAUGGGAGUAUAUGAGUUUGAGAGAUCUUGGGCUCGGUUCAAGGAAAAGUAUGAGAUCACAGAGCAGGUUGCAUGGAUGUCCAGAAUGUACAAACUUAGGAAGAGGUGGUCUGCGGCUUAUACAAAUGGAAGAUAUUUUUUUGGGCAUGCAGAGCAACCAGCGUAGCGAGAGUCUUAACUCUAGGCUCCAUAAUCACCUAGACCGGAAAAUGUCGUUGGUUGACUUGGUGGAGCACAGCGAGCACUGCAUGUCACGUAUCCGCAGAAAUGAGGCCGAGUUGGAUGCAAAAGCUGCAAAUUCAGUUCCUUUCACUAGAAUAGAUGCUAAUCCAUUAGAGAAAAAUGGUGCCCGUAUUUACACACCGAAGAUGUUCAGGAAGGUUAGAUAUUGCAUUCGCAGAUCAUCUGCAUGGGAGAUUGAAGAGCAUACAGAGAGAGAUGGGUUGGUCACCUAUAGAGCUGCAUUAAAAGAAGGAGCGGAAGGAGGGAGCAGACAUGUCUUCUUCGUAGAGUGUUCAUUUCAUGGAUCUUCAAUGAAUGGCAUCUUCUGUGGUUGCCGCAAAUUGGAGUGCGAAAGUGUCCCAUGUUCGCACAUUUUUUCACUUCUGAGUUUCCUGGGUGUAGAGACCAUUCCUCCGUGUUGUGUUCGGAUUAGGUGGACAAUGCAAGCAAAGGCCGCAUUCGUGUCGGAGACAAAUGCCAAUACACAUGUGUGGUCAGAAGAGAUGGGUCGUUACCGGCAAAUGCGAAACAAGGCUAGUGUUGCUCUAUUCAAAGCUUCGAAGAGCGAAGAGCGUUUGCAGCAGGUGAUGGAUUUUCUGCAAAGCAUUCUCGAUCGCCGCUUUGAGAAUGAUGGGACCCCAGAUGAGACGGCUUUUGGUCCUAUACCAUCCCAUUAUUCUGCCUCAAGCAAUGUUUUUGGGGGGAAAGUCCUUGAUCCAAAAAUAAUCGUGACAAAAGGUGCUCCAUCAAAGAAGAGAAUGAAGCCAUUUCAUGAGACAUUGAGGCAGUCGAAUGGGCACAAGAGGCGAAACAGAUCGUGCGGCGAAUGUGGCGAUUCCACACAUGACAGGCGCACUUGUCCAAAACUGAAGUAGUUAUUCUGGUGGUUGGUCCUCGCCUACAAUGACCAGAUCGUGCUGCUAUUCUCGUCGGGCAAGUAAUAACUGCAGCAGGAGUCGGUCCAGGAGGAUGGCAGCAUAAGUUGCCCUUCAAUUGAGUUGGGUGGUUGUGGCGACUCUCUACUCAACUUGAUAUAUGCACCUCCUUCUGGCCAGUCUGAGGAAUUCAGCUUAGGAGAUGAGCAAGAUGCUCCAGGCAAUCAUUCUGAAGAUGGUAGAAGAUAGAAUGGCUUAUUUAGUUUGAAGGCAAUCAUUCUGAAGAUGGUAGAAGAUAGAAUGGCUUAUUUAGUUUGAUUAUUGGCUAAUACGGCCAUUGAUUUUAGGUCACAGACCUGGAGUAGUUCUUCCGUGCUAUUCAUCUUUUAAAUUGGGUAUGACUUUAUCUAUCAUCAGUAGAAAACUGAUUCAGGUUGUAUCGGCCGUGCUCUGGUUAAUCUAGAACUGUCUGUACUGUAUUGCCGUGUGCGUUGAGUGUCGUAUUGGAUUAGAGUACUUUUGAAUAAAACGUGCAUAUCGGCUAGUGAACUGAA